CACUUGGUACCAACCGGAUUUUGUGAGGUAGCCGUCUCUCUGUUUACAGGUUCGUAUUUGUCUGCAUGGGGAGUACAUGAACUGCCGAAUAAGUCAACUUCUUCGUUAUUACUUAUCAAGAACCGCAUAAGUAUAACUAAAGGUCCCUAAGUAGAAAUGGAUAUUGGAGCAGCAAUCAGUAAAAAAAUUCAGAUGGCAAUUACUGCAAAGCUGAAAGAAUUGAAUGCCUAUGUGGAUGAUGAACUUCCAGAUUACAUCAUGAUCAUGGUUGCUAACAAGAAAACAGAAUCUCAGAUGACAGAAGCUCUGUCUCUCUUCCUUUCAAAUAAUACUAAAAUAUUUACAUCGUGGCUCCACAAUCUUCUUGCGACUUUGAGAAAAUCAAGAGUUGAUAAGAAAGCUGUUGAAACGGAAGAGCAGAACACAACAACACAAUCGACUCCUGUCAAAGUAGAAGAAGACAUUGACUUCAAGGUUGCUGAAGAAAAUUCAAUCGGACUGGAAUUGAAUAUGAAAAAGGAAUUGAAUGCAACAGAACAAAAAGACAUUGAACCAACUGAGCCAGAAAUUACGAUCAAUGCAGAAUCUGAUAUCAUCUUUGAAGUUGAAGAAGACUUGCAAAUGAUGCCUGAAAUUAAAGUCGAGAAAAAUGUUUCGGAUGACAGUCUUCUGAAGUCUCCACCUCCAACUUCCUCAAAGUCCCAUUUGGAAGUUGGAAAGUCGUCAGAUAAACGUAAUACCUUACCUGCACCAGAAAAAAGGAAAUCAAACACCGAAUCCAAAGAAACAAUCACAAGACACCAAAAAGAUAGUGAAAAAUCAAAUCAUAAGUCCAGCGUAUCUCGAAAGCGAAAAUCCGAUGACUUCCAGCCAAGAACAUCACAUCGGAAGUCACCAGUUUCAAGACGACACAGAGAAGAGAGAAAUGUAGAAAAGAGAGAGAGACGAUCAUCAAAUACUAACACCAGAACCCUUGAGAGCGAUUCCAAAAAAUAUACAAGUAGUAGCCAUGACUCUGCUGUCAAGAAAAAUACAGGUAAAAGUCGAGUACGAGAUUGGGACAGAGGAAAAGGACAAGACUCUGAUGGAGAAAUAACAUCUGUUUGGGAUGGACAGAAAUCAAGAAAUCGUGAACAAUGGGUUGAGUCAGAUGGUGAUGAUGAAAUAUCAACAGCAAAAUUGAAGGGCACGAUUUCAUCAGCUGUGAACGCGGUUUUUCAAGAUGAGGAAUUUGUCAGUGAGAGUGAGAGCGAUGAUGAACAUGGGAAAUCUUCUGCCAAUCUUACAAGCAAAGUUGCUUAUCCUGAACGAAAAAUGCGAGUGCCGCUAGCAAAACAAGCAAAUAAGGCAUUAUUGAUGAAAGCUGUUACAGAAGCAGAACGUAGCAUUAGAAGGAAAAAUGUACAAACUACUGAUGAACCAGAUGAAACUGAAUUACACAAGAAAACAAGACGAAACGACCGAUAUAUUGACAGACAUUUAAAAAGUCCCAAUGAAAUUUGGGUUGAAAAGUCAAACAAAAUACAAAGGCGAAAUAAGGGAACUGUGCCGAGACAAAAAAGUUUAAUUUUAAAAAGAGUUUUAGACAAGCCAAUGUAUCAAGAUAGAGAAGAAAAAGAUCAUAUAUCAAGAAACCAAAAAGUAAUUCUCGUUCGAAAAAAUGUUGCUGAAGCUCGUAAGAGACAGACACAAAAGAACAAAGCUGUGGAAAUUACACGACAAAAGAAAACUGUUCGAACUAAACAUCCAAAAGUUAUCUUAUUAGAAGAUGAAGAAGAACAACCUGUCACUGUUAUUCACGUCAGACGAAAAAGUCAGGAUAAAAGAAUGGAAAAGGUUAUAUAUGUUGAAGGAUCAUCAUCCGAAGAAGAUGUUGGUAAAUCAACAACAACUAAAAACAUGCAAAUUUUUAUGAGAGAUAGACGAACAUUUGUGGCACGGGAUGUAAGUCCUAUACACACUACAUCAGCCAAACAAAAAUCUCCUGCAGUCAAAUUUGACUCAAGACAAGCAACAAGAAAUUCUGAUAAUUCAGAAGUUGAAAUUGCAAAUGAUAGAAAUUUAAAAAGAACACAAAAGGCAACUGCAAAAGUGUCACCAAGACUUCAACAAUCUGCAAGAUUUCAGACUGAUACUCCUACAUCAAAGCUAGCCAAUGCCAUCAUGUCAACUCCAAACAAUCAUUCAACAACAUCUCAGGAAAGAGCACAAAAUCCAAGAUUCAUUGUUACGUUAGAUGGCGUCGCUGCUCCAAAACAGACAAAGUUAAACAAAGUUGAGGAAACAAAACAGACAACAAAAAGUUUCAAAUUUCAACCGGUAACAGCACCAGUUACAUCUGUUGAUAAAAUAUUGUCUUCAGAUGCAAAUAUAUCAGCAAAAAAUCAAAUACCCAUUCCAGUACAGAAACCUAUUGUUAUUGAUGCUGUUGAUACAGAAGAUGAUAAUGAAGAUAACUUGUCGCAUUCUACAAGUACAGAGAUUGGUAAAAUGAGGAAAAAACUCUUGAAAGUACAAGAAGAAGCUGCUAAAUUAAAACAAAUGCAAGCAAGACUUGCGGCUGCCCAAGCUCAGCAAAGCACAGUAUUAAGAUCCAGUCAAAUGUAUUCUGAUAAAUUGGAAGCUGAACGAAGAUCAAUAUAUAUAGGGAAUGUUCACUUUUCAACAUCGGAAAAACAACUUUCAGAUUAUUUUAGUAUUUGCGGAAAAAUAAAUAGGGUGACAAUAUUGAAAGACUCUUUUACUGGACAUCCAAAAGGCUUUGCAUAUCUAGAAUUUGAUGACAAAAGAUCGGUAUCUUCAGCACUUGCACUUGAUAAUACUUCACUUAAUAAAAGAGUCAUAAGAGUAACAUUGAAGCAAAGUAAACCAGCAAAUGCGUUUUUAACCACCCGUGGACAGAUUUCAUCAAGAAAUUUAUACCAGCCCAGAGGAGGUAGAAGGUUAUACAGGGGAUCAAGAUUUCAACAAACAACUAGAUUCAGUUUUCCGCCAACCACCAGUGUCCCACUACCUUCAAGGAAUAAAACUUGGGUCAAUCCUGCAAUAGCGUCAUCAAGCAAGUGAUUUAUGUUUGUUGUGUGUGAUCAGGAACCUAAUUCCUACAAUGUCAAGGAAUGUUGUUUUGAAGCUGGAUGUUUGAAAGCUUCCUGUGGUUGUCAUGAUACACUGUAUUCCAACGUUUGGUGAUAUUUUGAAAUCUGCCUAAAAGAGGGUUUCCACCUAACAAUUUCAAAAUAUACUCGAAUUGCAGCAAAUAUCGCAACUAUUGCCUGUUUUAUUUAUUUGAUCAGUCAGUUUAGUACAUUUUGUUUGGUUCUUUGAUGUCUAUGAUUGGAGAUGUAAAAUGUGAAUGUGAAAAAUUACAAGUUCGACAGUUUUAAUAUCAUUCUGAAUCUUAUCGAGGGUUACUUAUGAUUGUUUUUGGUCCUUGUAUUAAUUGUGUUUCUAUACUGGAAUAAGAUCUUAUUUAUGAAUAAAUUUACUUUGUCAGCUUG